UUUACAGUGAUCUUGGUACCAGUUUAUAUAUUAAACAUCAGCUCCCUUAAACUGAAAAAGUAUAAAAAAAGUAUGAAUGGCACCAGUGAAGGACAACUACAUCGUUCUCAUGGUUUGCACCUUUGGAGUUACUUCAAAUACCACUUAUUGGGAGGCAUUCCAAUUCUUCUAAUCUUGGGAUGUUGCAUUUAUUAUUGUUUUUGUCGUAAGAAGAGACAUGGAGAGGCAGGACUAAUCCAUCAAAAUCAAAAUCCAACUAACUAUCAUUCAUGUGCUGUUUCCCCAGAAACAUGUGCUCAUGUACAUGAUCAGUGGUAUGCAAGUCACGAGAGUAAUCUUCCGUUACCUGGAAGCUAUGGGUACCAUGGUAGUCUUACACCUGUUUUGAACUUUCCACAUUGCCCAACUGCUGUCCCACCUCCACCAUAUAGUCUUCUUUCAGAAAACUUGGCAACAGAUCCAGUGUACCCAAAGAUACCAGGAACCCCACCUGGAGAACCUUCAGCACCUCCCACUGUGAAUGAAGAUGAGCCUCAAACAUCAACUUUGAGAGAUAUUCGAACAUCAAGGACAAGAAGAUCUCGUUUUCCCUGGUUUCGAAGAGGAAGACAGUCAAGAGAAGAAGAGCCAGUUAUUGCAACAUAAAUCAUGAUGUUAUUAAAAUCAUUAUUCAGAGUACUGCUAGUUUGAAACUGUAUAAGAAUUUAAAUAAGAAAAAAAAAUGUAAAACCUGUGAUAAUGCAUAUAUAACUAGUUGUUAAAUGACAGAACAUGACAAAAAUAAGCAUUUA